AUGCUGCUGCUGCUGCUACUGCUACCCCUGUUGCGGGGGGCCGAGCGUGUUGGGGGCUGGAGGUCUCAGGCAUGGGGUGGGGCUCCCACUAAUAGUCGGUCACCCAAAGAGUCCUGGGGUCUGGAUGACAGAUACCAGCUACAGGUGCAAAAGUCAGUGGCGGUGCAGGAGGGCCUGUGUGUCUUCAUACCCUGUGCCUUCUCCUACCCGACGUCCUACUGGAGGGUCCCUAACCCAGUUCUGGGCUCCUGGUUCCGGAAAGAGGCCACUAACAUCAGUCGCCGCCAGGAUGUCCCUGUGGCCACAAACAACCCUUAUAGGGAAGUAAAAAAGGAGACCAAAGGUCGAUUCCAGCUCCUCGGGGACCCCCAGAACCGGAGCUGCUCCCUGGUGAUCACAGACGCACAGAGAGAGGACACAGCCGAGUACUUCUUUCAGGUGGAGAGCAGGUAUUCUGUGAGACUUAGUUUUGUGAAGGACACGCUGUCCCUGGAAGUGACAGGCCUGACACAGAAGCCCGAUGUCUACGUCCCUGAAACCCUGGAGCCUGGGCGCCUGGUGACACUGCUGUGCAUGUUUCCCGGGAUCUCUGAGGGCUGUCCAGCCCCCAUCUUCUUCUGGUCGGGGACAGCUGUCUCCCCCCAAGGAGCUGGACCACGAGCCUCCCUCUUCUCAGCUCUCACCCUCACACCGAGAUCCCAGGACCAUGACACUGAGCUCACCUGUUGGGUGAAAUUCUCCAGAAACGGCAUGAGCACUGCAAGGACCAUUCGACUGAAUGUGACCCCCCUGGAGCCCCAGCGAAAUAUCUUACAUCUGGACCUCCAGAAGGGCCAGUUCCUGCAUCUGUUCUGUGCGGCUGAGGGUCAGUCCCCAGCCACGCUGAGCUGGGUCCUGGAUGACAGGGUGCUAUCGUGGUUCCCUCACUCAGGGCCCAGAACCCUGGAGCUGGAGCUGCCUCUGGUGGGGCCAGGGGAUGCAGGGCACUACACCUGCCGAGCAGAGAACAGGCUGGGCUCCCAGGAGUUCUCCCUGGACCUCUCUGUGCAGUACCCUCCAGAGAACCUGAGAGUGAUGGUGUCCCAAGCAAACAGGACAGUCCUGGAAAUCUUCAGGAAUGGCAUGUCCCUGUCAGUCCUGGAGGACCAGCCCCCUUGCCUCAUGGUUGCAGACAGCAGCCCCCCAGCCACACUGAGCUGGUUCAGAGGGAGCCACCCUGUGACUCCCUCACAUCCCUCACACUCCACAGUCUUGGAGCUGCCUUGAGUUCAGAAGGAGGACAAAGGGAAGGUCACCUGCCAAGCUCAGAACCCACUGGCCUCCAUGAAGGCCGCUCUGCAUCUCUUUGUGCAGAGUGAGCACCAAGGGGCUUCACACUCAUCCCCUCACUCCAGUCACCUCCACCUUAUCUGCUGAGAAAACAGCUCCCUGUGGCUCAGCGGGGACCCCGCCACUAGGCUUAGACUCACCUGUGAAAUCCAAAUCCCCAAGGGACCCAGAGCCCUCUGUCCACCUGCUGGAUAUCAGGGCCUGGUGGGGUGAGGCCUGGAUGCGUGUGGUCCCCAUGCAGUGAUGCAGGAGGGGCCUAGAGAACAAAGUCCUGUCCUAUUGAGAGCUGAAGGACCCAGGAGUGUGGUGUGGGAGGUGACUCAGUUCUCCUCCCCGUCUCCUGCAGGGACACCAGGGCCCAUGAUGGGUGUGGUUCUGGUGGCCACCGUGGCAGCUGCAGUCAAGUCCCUGCUCCUCUGCCUCUGACUCACCUUCUCCACGUGAGCACCAUCCCAGGAAGAAAGAUGUGGAGAGGGCAGGGUGCAGGUCGAUGAACCCCAGAACCCCAGGUCUGGAGGG